AUGUCGACAUUUGAAGCACCUCUCCGACCAUGGAUUGGGCUUGGAACCGGUAGCUUUCUCCUCUCCGCCCAGCCUUUAUUGCUGAAGACAGGGGCUUCGUUGGCGGGCUCCCUCGCCUCACAUCUUUAUCUGGCCUUGGCUCAGACCGGCGACUGUCGCUCCUCCGAUGAGGCUUCGAGAUGUGCACCUCAAUACGGUGGACGGCGAUGGGCACAAAAGCGGCGGCGCAAACUUGCAGGACAACGCCCGCCUCCUAUUGAAAAAUUUCAAAUUACUCUACGAAGAGGAUGCGACAAUCAAGGAGCAACACGCCCAAUCGAUUUUAUUAAACAGAUCGGAUGCGAGAAAAAACCUGGCUCCACCGCCGAAGAACUUCUCCGGCAAAAAUUCAGAGGCGGAGAAGAAAAAGAGGAGAUCGAGGCGGACGAUUUCAUCGCGAUCCUAAAGUAUUCUCCAAGUCCAUACAGGGAAUUCCGGCGGUCGAUGGCGGAGAUGGUGGAGGUGCGCCUGGGCGGCGGCGAGAAAGUGGAUUGGGAUUUUCUGGAAGAGCUUUUGUUUCGUUAUUUGGAUUUGAACAACGAAAUGACUCACAGGAACGUGUUGCGCGCUUUUGUGGAUUUGGUUGUCGUCUUGCACGAGAACGAUUGGAGAUCACCAGAGCAGCAGCGUCGGCCUUGGGAAGGCGUCGGAGGUGGUGGUGGGAGGCUGCUGAAAGGGGAGAAGUAG